GCAAAAUGCCAGCGCCUGAGCAGACCCCAGUGGUGGAGGAGGGGCUGCCGCAGACAGCACAGGAAACUUGCGCAGGCCCAGGCAUGGAACCGGAGACCACUGCCACUACCAUUUUAGCUUCUGUAAAGGAACAGGAACUCCAAUUUCAAAGACUUACCAGAGAACUGGAAGUGGAAAGGCAAAUUGUGGCUAAUCAGCUAGAAAGAUGUAGGCUUGGAGCAGAAUCACCAAGUAUCGCCAGCACAAGCUCUACUGAGAAAUCAUUUCCUUGGAGAUCAUCAGAUGCUCCAGCCACCAGUGUAAACAAAUCUCGUGUGACAGAAAGCGUUCAUACCAAUGCCUAUCACGUUAGAACAGAGCCAGAGCAGGGGAAUCUCUACUCUCCAGAGCAGACAUCUCUCCAUGAAAGUGAGGGGUCUGUAGGUAACUCAAGAAGUUCAACACAAAUGAAUUCUUAUUCUGACAGCGGGUACCAGGAAGUAAGCAGUUUCCAUAACAGCCAAAACUUGAGCAAAUCAGAAAAUAGACAGCAGCAUUCUGUUAUUGGAACAGCUAAUAACCAUUUGGUGAGAAGUUCACGAGCUGAAGGACAGACUUUAGUUCAGCCUUCAGUAAAUAUUACUGCCAACCGAGCCAUGAGACGUGUUAGCUCAGUUCCAUCCAGAGCACAGUCUCCCUCUUACGUGGUCAGCACAGGCGUUUCUCCUUCACGGGGAUCACUGCGAACGUCCCUGGGUAGUGGGUAUGGCUCUCCAUCAGUUGCUGAGCAAAGAGCCCUUACCUCUAAUGCAUAUUCAUCCACUACGCUGCCGGUACAGCGGGCAGCAUCCCCAUAUGCUGCACAGAGACCUGCUUCCCCCACAGCUGCGCGACGGAUAUCCAGACAGGCGUCGAAUCCCAAUGGCGGCACUGCCCAGUACCAGACGUCGGUCAGAGUCAGCUCCCCUCUGGCCCUCACUGAUGUACAAGCCAGAGUAGCUUCUCCCUCUCAAACCCAGCUAGGAUCAUCUUCCCCAAAACGCUCUGGCAUGACUGCGGUCCCGCAGCAUUUGGGAACAACGUUACAAAGAACAAUUCAUGAUGUAGAACAAUAUGGACCACAAUACGAUAUAUAUGAGAGAAUGGUUCCUCCACGCCCGGACAGCCUUACAGGCCUGAGGAGUUCAUAUGCUAGUCAACACAGUCAACUAGGACCAGAACUGCGAUCAACUGUGUCUCCUGACUUGCACAUCACCCCUAUCUAUGAAGGCAGAACUUAUUACAGUCCAGUAUAUCGUAGUCCAAAUCAUGGGACGAUUGAGCUACACCAGGGAUCCCAGUCAGCUUUGUAUCGAACAGGAUCCGGAGUCGGAAACCUGCAAAGAUCGUCCAGUCAGCGUAGCACACUCACAUACCAAAGAAAUAAUUAUGCCCUGAACACGACGGCUACCUACGCGGAGCCCUACAGGUCAGUGCCAUAUCGUCUGUCGGAGCCCGGGUAUGGCAGGCUGCAGCACGCAGCGCCCGCUGACGAUGGGACAACGCGGUCGCCGUCCAUAGACAGCAUUCAGAAAGACCCCAGGGAGUUUGCCUGGCGAGAUCCAGAGCUGCCUGAAGUCAUUCACAUGCUUCAGCACCAGUUCCCUUCAGUUCAGGCGAACGCAGCUGCCUACCUUCAACAUCUGUGCUUCGGAGAUAACAAAGUGAAAACAGAGGUGUGUCGGCUAGGAGGAAUCAAGCAUCUAGUUGACCUCUUGGAUCACAGAGUCUUGGAAGUGCAGAAGAACGCUUGUGGUGCACUGCGAAACCUCGUUUAUGGAAAGUCUACUGAUGAAAACAAAAUAGCAAUGAAGAAUGUUGGUGGGAUACCUGCCCUUUUACGACUGUUAAGAAAAUCUAUUGAUGCAGAAAUAAAAGAGCUUGUAACAGGGGUUCUCUGGAACUUGUCCUCGUGCGACGCCGUGAAGAUGACGAUCAUCAGAGAGGCUCUGGCCACGCUGACGAACACUGUGAUAGUGCCCCACUCCGGGUGGAACAGUUCUUCCUUUGACGAUGAUCAUAAAAUUAAAUUUCAGACUUCCCUAGUCCUACGCAACACUACCGGAUGCCUAAGGAAUCUGAGCUCUGCCGGUGAAGAAGCCCGCAAACAAAUGAGAUCUUGCGAAGGGCUGGUCGAUUCACUGCUGUAUGUGAUCCAUACGUGUGUGAACACGUCGGAUUAUGACAGCAAGACAGUGGAGAACUGUGUGUGCACCUUGAGAAACCUUUCUUAUCGUUUGGAACUGGAGGUACCUCAGGCACGUCUGCUGGGCAUUAAUGAAUUAAAAAUAUACUCAAGAUCUCUGAAUUGGAAAGAGUAAUUUCAGAGAAAUAAAAAGAAGAAGAAAAAAAAAGCUUCACAUGAAGAUCAGUGGGAUGGAGUUGGCCCUAUACCAGGAUUUUCCAAGUCUCCUAAAGGGGUGGAAAUGCUGUGGCACCCAUCUGUGGUAAAACCAUACCUAACACUUCUCGCAGAAAGCUCCAACCCAGCUACUCUAGAGGGCUCCGCGGGAUCCCUCCAGAACCUUUCUGCAGGCAACUGGAAGUUUGCAGCAUACAUCCGAGCUGCUGUCAGAAAAGAAAAAGGCCUGCCAAUCCUCGUGGAACUGCUGAGAAUGGAUAAUGAUAGAGUUGUUUCUUCUGUGGCAACUGCCUUAAGGAAUAUGGCGUUAGAUGUUCGUAAUAAGGAGCUGAUCGGUAAAUAUGCUAUGCGAGAUCUGGUGAACCGACUUCCUGGAGGCAACAGUCCAAGCAUCUUGUCUGAUGAGACUGUCGCAGCAAUCUGCUGCGCUUUGCACGAGGUCACUAGCAAAAACAUGGAAAAUGCCAAAGCCCUCGCCGACACUGGAGGAAUAGAAAAACUGGUGAACAUAACAAAAGGAAGAGGUGACAGAUCGUCACUGAAAGUGGUCAAGGCAGCCGCCCAGGUACUGAAUACGUUAUGGCAAUACCGAGACCUCCGUAGCAUUUAUAAAAAGGAUGGAUGGAAUCAGAGUCAUUUUAUUACACCAGUAUCAACACUAGAGCGAGAGAGAUUCAAAUCGCAUCCUUCUUUAUCGACAACAAAUCAACAGAUGUCACCUGUCAUACAGUCAGUUGGCAGCACAUCCUCAUCACCGGCUUUAUUAGGAAUUAGAGAACCCCGCUCUGAGUAUGAUCGAACACAACCUUCUAUGCACUAUUACAAUAACCAAGGCGAUAUCAUUACACAUAAAGACGUAUAUACUGGUUCCAGCAAACCUUCACCAAUUUACAUCAGUUCCUAUUCCUCACCAGCAAGAGAACAAAAUAGACGACUACAGCAUCAGCAAUUGUACUACAGUCAAGAGGAUACCAACAGAAAAAACUAUGAUGCAUACAGGUUAUAUUUGCAGUCCCCACAUAGCUAUGAAGACCCGUAUUUUGAUGAUCGAGUUCACUUUCCUGCUACUUCAGAUUACACAACACAGUAUGGACUGAAAUCAACCACAAAUUAUGUAGACUUUUAUUCCACCAGACGAUCUUCUUAUAGAGCAGAACAAUACCCAGGUUCACCUGACUCCUGGGUGUAGCAUUAAAGGAAAAAAAAAAAAAACAGUAUAUUUCUCAUCUUGCUUGAGAAGAAGUGGAAUGGCCUCAUUUGCUGUUUUGGUGAUGAAAUGUGAACGUGAAAUAAAGAAGGAACAAGGAAGUUUUUUUUUUUUUUUUAAUGAGGAAUUAUGAGGAAGGUGCAAGAAAAACUGGAAGGGAUGGGGUUUUUUGCUCUGUUUAGAUGUUAGGUAUAAUUACUUGUAGCUCCUGUAGUCUGGUGAGGGUGUGGGCGAUGUGACGAAAGGUUUGAGAAUUGAGUAAAAUGAAUUUGGAAAGUGUGUAGGUCAGAGCAAAUUAAAGCUGAUUUUUUUAAUGUGAAUAAAAGUCUUGUUCUGAUAGUUUGUACAGAAAAAAAUAAAAUGGAUGCCCUUGUUUUAUUGCUAUUACUAAAUGUCAAGAUUGUAUGCUAUUACGUCUUGUAAAUUUAUUUUGUUGGUGUAAAUAUGGAAAUGCCACAUUGGUUAAAAGUGCCAUCAUUUGUAAUGCAGUGUGUCAUUUUAAACAAAUUUGAAACAUCGUACAAAAAAUAAAAUCCAAGAAAGUGUUAUAAAUUACAAAAAAAAACUUUUUAAAAUUAAUAGUGUAAUUUUGAAGCACAAAGUCCAGUUCAGUAUAUCUACACCUUUCCCAUUCCCUGCCUCUUUCAUAAGAAACUUCACUGCCAUUUUCUAUGCACAUGGAAGAACAAUAAAUAUGGACGUCUCAUCCGUGGAAAGUUGUUCCCUGUCCAUUUUUUUUAUUUUCUGCGUGUGAUAUUCAGAAACAAACACAGUGAAUGUGAAGUCAAAUUGCAUGUUGUAAGCAGUUAAAAUAUAUCAAAACCAUUUUGGCCAUUUUCCCAGCUUUCUACAAUUUGUGCAGGCUGGCACACCAAAGCGUGAAAUUACGCACUUUCCGCUCUUUUUCCUUAGACUAGUCUUUUUACUUUUGAUGUGGGCAAUCCAAGAUAUUUCACAAAACUACCCUGUUGUCUUCCCACCAUUCCUCUACUUCUGCUCUUGUUCCCCCACAAAGAAAAUUAAGAUCCUCUUGCUUUCAAAGAAAUUGCAGUCCCCGUUCUGACUAUCUGAAGUAUAUUUUGCUGAGAUCUAUUUACAAUCCCAGUUGUUGAUUUUGUUUAAAAGUAACUAAAUCAUAUACUUUCCUCAUGCUUUAGGGUCUAUCAACUUUACACUGUCUGUCAUCAUAAUUAUCGUUGCCCAUCAUUGCACGAUUGCAUCAAUCAAAUGGGAAAAGGUGAUCAGAAUUGCUCCCAAGUUUAGAUAACAAGCCAAAGUCACUUUUCCUCCCAUGGCUGGACUGCUGCUGCCCCCUGCUUGCGAAAGGGAAAAGAAAUGAAGGACAAACAGCCUGGUAAAAGUAAUGAAUUAGGUCUUAACUUUUGUAUACAGCCAUGCAGUCCCCAGUGAGUGCGGUGCGAUUGCCUGCGUGUUCCCGAGGGCAGGAUGGUCUGGUGUUGUGCAGAGAGUGCCUUGCCUUUCCACAAAGACUUUAUUUUUUUCUUUUAAGGCAGAAUAUAGUUUCCAUUUACAUUCACGCUGACUUUUUCCUUGUAGGAACAAUUUCCACACUGAUCUGUCAUCAUCGCUGCCUUCGGAGGCAGUGUAAGCUGGUGCACAAGACAAAUGCAGAUCAGUGCUGAUGCUCUGGUAUGCCUCUAACUCACUAAAGGUGACGGCUAAGCUCUCUGAGCCACAUAUACUUAUUUGGCGUUUUGUUGUCCCAGGAAGACUAAAUUAGCUUCAAAUAACAAAAUGAUAUACUGUUUCUCUGAAAAGGGUCAUAGCGUGUUAUUAUUUUCUUCUCUGAAUCUGCUAAUACCUCUCCCCCCCAAAAAAAAGAGGAAGGUAGUCGUUGCAGUAUAAUAAACAGCUGUAUGAUGGAAUGAUUUUUUUGCUUCUCACCUGAGGCUGUUUCAUAAAGAUCAAAAGCAGUAAGAUCUGGGCCAGCACCACAACCUGGAUCUUCUGUGCUGUAGCAUAUAUAUUUCAUUAUGUUCAUUUCCUUUUGUUUUUAAUCGGUCUCAUUUAUUUAUGUAUUUUACGCAUUGUUAUGUCUUGGUGCUAUACUGAUUAAAAUGCUCUGUACAGUAUGUCUGUUGGUUAAGUCCCUUUAUAUGCAGUUUCAAACUGAAUGGGUUGAAGUGGGGAAAACUAGAUGGGGCAAGAUGUCAUUUCAUUGUUCGUUUUCACAGUGCAGUCUGGCUUUUGGGCCCAUUUUUAAGUGUCAGGAGCAUAAAGGUAAGCUGAAUUAUUUUAAAAUAGCUCAUAUUCACCAUUUCACAAUCCGUCUGACAUUCCAGGGAAGACAAUUAAAAUUGUUGACUUUUUUCAAAAAGCAGAUGGCCUCAGAAGAGGGUGAUGCUAAUUUGGAAGUUAACAGUGCUAGUGCUCUGGGAAACGCACGUCUGUCUGUGUUUCCACCUUUCAAAUAAUUAAUUUGUAUAUGUGUGCAAGGAAAAAGAGGAAUUGAAAUUUAUCAAAAGCAGGGAGUUAAGCACACUCAGAGUAGAACAGCUCAAGAAGAUGUACAGUGAGCCGCAAUAGCAGACUUACUUCUCCAUGUCCCGUCAGGAAAACAAUUCCUGUGGAGGACAACUCAGAGCAACACUGACCCCCGUGAAACAGUUCUUAUCGCUAAAUGCCAGAUGACAAUAAGAAACAAGUGCUGAAAAUAACCUGUGUCCAUGAUACCCUAGCUUGUAAAAAGCUUAAAGUAUAUUUAAGCGAGUGCUGAAUGCUGAUUCGGUUAGGAUUUGUAUUUAACUAGCCACAGAAAGAAUCCUGCCCCCCGCCAAAGAUUUUUUUUUUCCUGGUCUUUACUCCUGCCUGAAUAAGAAGUGUCCGUUAUGAACAAGUUAAGCAAUAUAAAUUGUACAAGAGUAUUCAUACUCUUCAACUGCCUGACCUGAUGUUUUGGUCUAAUUGUUACAGUUACAUACAAGAAGUCUAUAUCAAAGGACAGAGGAUAACUUUUUUCAGGAUAGUGUUCACAUGAUUAUUUCCUUUGAGUUAACGUUAGUUGUCCUAAGGCGUUAUGUCUUAAUUCUAAAGUCAACUUGUACCUCUCCUCAGAUAUAGUAUCUAACCUUUUAACCAUCAAGCACCCAAUUUAUUCAGCUAGGGGCAGCUUAGGUUGGGUGGAAGAUCCCUUUUGCUUGAGCUGGGGCACUGCGACACCACACUGAGAAGCGGGCUCUAUAACUGAAGUUAUUUAAGUGCUGCAGUCUCCCGCUCUCGUCUAAAAUGAUGUCUCCUGUAUGCUCAGAGGCAGACAAAUGCUUUGGCAGCAUACUGGGAGCGAACUGGAGUGACUCAGCUUAUUGUAGCACAACGCUCUGGAGUGCACCCUAAAGCGCCAGGUCUAGAAGCAGCCACAGAGGUGUACAGCUCUGGUGAGGACCACUGCAACGUGGCGUGACAACACAGCUAUGCAAAGUCAGGAUAGGCUUAAUGAAGGUUUUUUUUCGCUUGGCACCCCACCCACACUCAUUUGCCAUGCUAACAUCACUUUUCAGCAUAGCCAAAAAAAAAAAAAAAA